UAUUUUCUCGACAAAAACGAUACUAAAUUGCUGCUUAUCCACCUGUGUGCUGAAGAAAGCAGGCCCUCAGAGAAGGAAACCAAGGCGACCAAAUUCAAAACAAUAUAGUUAGAAACAACUGAAGUCGUGGCGGAAGCUAGAACUACUGGUUGAUUAUAGUGGGUGCUAUUAUUGUUGCCGUGUAUUAUUACCGUCAUUCAUAAUCGAAGUAGCAGUCCGCAGUUGGACUUCCCUUGAUUUACAUAAAACAAAAUCAAAACGUAAUAACAGGGUACACAGCGCAGGAACUCAUUCUCUGCUUCGUGCAGGAUGAAGGACAAGGAGAAUUUUGAGUUUCCGUUAAAAUCACGAAUGCUAUCUGCAGACAGCUCAGCAGCUGACAAGGCUCCGGUGGAGAAGAGACCGCGACUCUCAGCUGAAUCGACUUUUCGAAUGGAAGAGAAACUAACCGUUUUGAGUCGCGCGACAAUAGAAACGCCAAAGUCAGAACUUCCCGCCCCGCGGAUGUCACAAGCGAAUAGUACCUAUGAUACCAUUGACCAUUUCGACGACUGGAGACGCCCCCUGAUCAAUGCACUGUGCGAAACUGCCACUAGCGCAUGCGGAAAACGUCGGGUUGACGUUUUACUCAAUCUGUUUUUCGGUACCCGGGAGCUGGCAGAGUUGGUGGAUUUUGUCAAUGAUUUUGUCGACGAAAACCCAUGGCAGGUGGUCGAUCGGCUUACGGAGUUCGUAAGCAGUGUCGAUAACCAGAACGGAUGGACUAUUGCUUACGGGAAUUUCGCAGCAUAUAGUGUGCAAGCAGGUGACGUCGUGUUCAUCGCUCGCUGCAUGUGUACUAGGGCCGGACUUCGGUGGCUAUGCGUUGUUCGAGGAACGUGGCGAUGUGGCAAGGUCGCCCCCAGCCAUCCAGGAAGUGCGCAGCUUCAACUGAAGGCCGCAAAGAAAGCCGGUCCCCUCGAAGCUCCUCGGGCAUUGGGAAUGCUUGAACGGAUUUUGCAGCGCCGCGUGAUUAGCUCAGCGAUCAAAGUCUGUGAAGAUGUCAGGAAGUUUUUGCACCGGCAGGCUGAGUGCGAAAGAACGUCGAGAUGGCUCGUAUUGGCUGGCAGAAAUUUUUCGGUGGACGCAGAUCAUAAGCACGAAAAUUCGGCAGUCACCUUUUUUGGGGUUGUGAAUGGCCUCUAUCUACUGGUUGUCAAAACUGCUUGAGUAAUAAGGCCUAUCAAACCAGCCUGAGAAUUGAAAAGUUCGUUUGUUGACAAUUUGAUCAUAUUGGCUGUGAUAUUUAUAUUAGAAAAAAUUUUGCUGUACAGGAGUAUUUCCAACAUCGAUGAUUGCAGCAUAUAUGAAUGGACUGAAUGCCGCGGAAAAUAUUGGCUUGGAGACGUUUUAGCGCCAACAAAAAAACCUCGCCGACUAACUAAUCGGUUUACUGAUUUUCGAAAAUGGGAUAGGACAAUUCGUCCUUCGAAGGGACUCUAGAUCGAGGCUGGGUUUAAAUGCUAUCUAGUGCACCUUACGCAGAUGGCAGCGAAAUCUCAGGUCUCUACCGUGACGCAGAUGCGUUACUUAGUGAGAGGGUAGAACCCGAUCCUAAUAUGGAGGAACAGCUUUCAGCACACUGUCACUGAUUCUUUUUUAGAAUGACUUUAGCCGGGAACAUCGGCAAACAGUUUUUUUUCAGAUCUAAAUAACUUUAGCUCAAUAUUCAGCGUCUCAGAGCGACGCAAACCUCCUCUGAAUGGCGGGCGUGCCUUGAGCGUGUAAGCACCGCUGUAAAAUACCUCUACUGGACACCUAUUGAAAGUCGUAUCAGCAGUUGUAAGCUCCAUGGGUUAUAAUAGCGAAAAGGUUUACGGGAUUGGAGACAAGGAGCUGCCGUGGCACAGAAAGCGUUUAGUUGGCAAGUACGCGGCAGCUAGGGUACAUUCGGCAUAUGUAGAUCUCUUAUAAAGCUUGAGAGACAUUAAGGCAAGGAUGAGCGUCCAGAUUUAGCAAACGAGCAGCUCCUAUCGAACUGCAUUUAGCGUCGCUAAAAGAAUCAAGUGACUUAAAUUUUGUAUACAUAUGUGUCUAUAUAUAUAUAUAUAUAUAUAUAUAUAUAUAAUUACGCGGAUUAGUCCUUUGCGAAUAGCUGAUAUCAACUUCAGUAUAACGAAUUGACUCAUGUCCUAGUUUUCCUUGUACGAAUUUUUAAGGAUUGAUGAAAGUUGGACUUUCGUUAGUAUUUCCGAAAACCGAAAAUUUUAGCUGGAACCUCUCAUACAGGUGCAUUAAAGCGAGUCCAUAAUA